AUGGCUUUGGAAAUGCCCUCGCUCACACCUGCUGAAUUGCACAACCUUGUGCGCCUACAUCAGGCUGCUGAAUGGCCUGAAUGUAAAAAAAUGUUUCCCUGGGCUCAUGAUAUCUCCUUUGGUCAACCACCAGAUUUCCCUCAUUCCUUAGCAAUAGUUAAGUCACAAUCAGACGCUAACAAUUCGGCGCUCUUGCGUGGUUCCCUUGAAGUUAAUGACAUCUUCCAGUCCUGGAAGAUCUCAACUUCUCUGCAUAGAGUAGGCGGUAGUGGGGAAACUGCAGAUGAGAUGGAAGGUUUUCAUUACCCCAAUAACGCUGACGAGCUUUUGAAUUUGCUGAAGUGCCAGGUACGACAAGUGGAACUACACGUUGAUGAUAUUGAUUUGGAGAAGGUCGCUGCCUAUUGCGAAAAGCAUAAAGUUUUACCGUUUCUAAAGGUGGACCCUCGUGGGAUAUCACUAGAAUUAAGAAACGAUCCUAGAAAUAAGGUUGGAUCAAGUACGUUCUUGAAACCAAGUGGACAAGACGUUUGGAAUAAAAGAGGUCUAUUCAGAAGAUUUGAUCUUCAGUGUGCAAAGAUGGUAGAAAUGGCUAAUAAUAUAGUAGUUUAUUGUUCACAAAACAACAACACCACAGACAAGGAAACCGAAUCAACAGCAAUGGGUGGUCAUGAUGGGAAUUGCCACCAUUGUACUACGCUUGCAUUACUUUUACGGAUAUGUUUAACGUUUGUUCAAAAAGGUUAUGUUCAUUGCAGAGAAUCAUGUUACAAGACAAAUCUUUUCAUUUGCACCUAUCGAAAUUUCAAUACGGAUAUACCCGAUAGUCUGAUCGGCACACCUCUAUUAGAGAAGGAUUUUUUCAAUAAUUGUACACCUUUAAAUCUAUGCUCGUCACCCAGUGAAAUUGUAUGUUUUAACAACAUCGAUAAGAAUAUGGCCUUGUGCGAAAAGUUAGAAUUGGAUAAGCUGACUUCAGCAACACGCCUGGACGAGACAGGCCUGAUUUGCGGUAAUACUACUGACUGGCAUAAUUAUCAAAUUGUCAAAAAAACCAACCUAUCCCUACCCAACCAUUCCCAAGAGAACAUGAGCGUAGUAUCAUUACGACAUCUGUCUUAUGACCCAAAAAACCCCAUUGCUUUCAUUUCUCAGUUGUAUAAUAUUCCAGAUGCAAAAGAGAUUUGGAAAUUAAUUAUUAAAUGUACGUCAAAUUCCUCAAUGCCAUCAUUAACAAAAAUUCAAUCAUGCUUGGGUUUGCUAUUGGAUGAUGAUGUAUCAAACUCACAAGAAUAUUUGCAUUUAACUUUCCCUGCCUCAGGUACUAUAGGCCUGGGAAAUUUGAAUAUUCAAUCUGUAGAAAUUCUUCUGAAUGUCUGUUAUCUAAUAUAUCAGGUAUCUCAAUUUCAAGGGCUAUUAACAUUUCUACAUUGUAAUGAUGGAUAUACAGAAACUUCGUUACUAUUAGCAGCAUAUACUAUAUUCCAUUUUGAUAUUCCUUUACAAGAUGCCCUUCUUAGACUCCACCCAAGACCAUUUUUCCUCUUCCCAUCAGAUUUGCAAAUCUUGGGUCACUUACAGUCCAUUUUGCGCGUAUUUAGCCCACAAAGAGAAGAUAAUCUAGAACUAUUUGCCAGUUCUUUAAAAGAUGGAACCAAGAGUUUUCAGUUGCACAUAUCUUCAGAACUCUUCAGUAAUAUAUUCUUCAUGAAAAUCCCCCCUGAGUCUAAUUUUGUGAACUUAAAGGGCCCCCUGCCAUCUCAAAUUCUACAGCAUUUAUAUUUGGGGUCCCUGGACCAUGCCCAAAAUCCUGUUUUACUUAGAUAUCUAGGAAUUACACACAUAGUUUCGGUAGGUGAAGUCGUUUCAUGGUCGCUAAAUAAUGAGAAAGCCGUCUACCCUACAAGGUCACAUCGUGCUAUUACUAUGACGAACACCAAUGAUGUCACGAGUAAUAUGUUAGGCACUAAAAGUAGGCCCAGAGCUGGUACUACAAUCAAUUUUAAUCAGAAAAAUGGUAGUACCAUAGUGAUAAAGGAAAACUCUGGUUUCCAAAUAUGUCAGAUCGAAAACCUAGACGAUAAUGGCAAAGAUCCGCUUUUUCAUCAAAUAGAUAAAGUUUUGGAUUUUAUUAGCGAUUCUGAAAGGACAGGAGGAAAAGUUCUAGUGCAUUGCAUGGUCGGAGUAUCAAGAUCCGCAACAGUUUGUAUUGCUGAAUGCAUGAGAUAUCUGCACUGUGAUUUGGCAAGCGCAUACUUAUUUGUGAGAGUAAGAAGGUUGAACGUUAUUAUUCAGCCAAACUUGUUUUUCGUAUAUGAGCUGUUCAAGUGGUGGAAGAAACAUGGUAGUAACGACAAAGAUAGGAAUAUAGACUGGCACAUCAUUUGUAGGGGUAUAGCUGAAGUUAAUAUGAAAUACUCAUGA